UAAGUUAAAAUUUUCUAAUCACAUUAAUUUAAUUGCUUCUGCAUAAUUUUUUUCUUCCUGAAAACUGAAAUAUAAAUUGAAAAAAAUAUAAUCAAAAUUUAUUAAAAUUGCAAUAAUAAUUGUUAAAGCAAACAAGCAAAAGCAAAAACUUAAAGGAACUAUAGAAGAUUAACUCUAAUAGGAGUUUUGUAUAAGGUUUUUAAUAUGCAAGAAAAGAGACUUUCUGUCACUCACAAUGGAUUCUUGGAGAUAUUCUGUGAAGCCAAAUAGCAUACAUUGACUUAGAGGAUAGUAUAAACCUUAGAAGACCACUAACUCGUAAGAAAGCUGAUACCUGAGGGUCCUGGAUCCUUGAUGAAGGCAAUCAGUGAUUAACUUUAUUUUAGCUCACUUCGCUACUAAGAAAUUUAGGACAAAUGCAUUUAAUAUGCAAAUAAUUUAAUAAAUUAGAAGAAUAUUCCUUACAAGCUUAAGGGUUUAAAGACAAUAUUUGAGCAAUUUAAGUAAGAGCCUUCUAACAUAAUGUUUGACACAAUAAAUUUAGAGCUGGUUUCAUUGAUCUACUAAGUUAGAAUAGUAGUGUAUUCUAUGAGCAAAGAAUUAGUCUUAAAAUCACUACUUUUUAAUAAUAGAUGUUCUAAGACUAUUUAAGUUAUUAAUAUGAGCAAUCACUACGAUUCCAUCUAUUCUGAAUACGAGAUAAAUUGUUUAACUGAAUGUUAAAAUGUUCUUUAUGAUAUUUUAAGUGACUAGCCUCUUAGUCUUGGAAAGAAGCUUGAUUAAGAUCUACUGAAUAUAGAUUAUGAAAAUUAUUUAGAAGAAAUUAGUAGAAAUUCACCUGACGACUAGGAAGAUGUCAAUUUAACAGAUACAUAAUCAAGCGGCUAAGCAGGAUAUAACUUGUUUGAUAAUAAUAUACCACCUGAGUUAUUUAAUGUUAUAUUAGAUAAGGAGAGAAGAAAUAGCAUUGUUGAAUAAAUUCGUCACAAAAAGAGCACGAUUUGUAACUCUGUAAACCAAUCAAAUCAAAGCUAAUAAUCACCUUUACCAAACGAAUAGGUUAAGGCUCCUCUUGAAAAGAAAAAAGGUGUUGGAGUAUCUUUAAGUGCUGUAAAAAAUAGAAUAAUAGGGUCAACAGAUAGCGAGAAAUCAAGCGAUAGUGAAGAUGAUGAAGAUGAGAAAAAUUAAACCCCUAAAUAAACAAUUAUCACCAAGGUGGAUUCUGUUAUUAGCUAAACAAGCAACAGUAAUGGCGUACAAAUUAACAUCAUUUAGGAUGAUGAUGACAAUUUAAUUAAAGAAGCUAUAGAUUUAAAGCGUCCACGCCAAGAAAGUACUGCAAGCUAUAAUGGAGCCAAUAUGUCUAAUAGUUCUUUAAGCAACCAAGCUUCAUUUCAAGCUUUUUCUUGCCAAAAUUUAAGUAUCCCAUAGCAAACUAUGAAGCAUAGCAGUAGCAACCCUUAGAUCUAAUACCCACAUUCAAGGCCUUUAUCCCCAAGCAAUAAUUCUGAAACUUAUUCUACUUCAAAUAAAUAAGGGUUAUAAUACUAAAAUUAGACCUCUUAAUAUGGCUAGUAGUCUGCUACAACUUUGUCUUCAAAUUAACAGCAUCAUUAGCACGGACCCUACUCAAUGACAGACCUUUAAAAUCCUAAUAAUAACACUACUUAAUUGACUAUUAAUCCUACUAACCUUGGAGGUAGUAAUUCAUCUACUCCACCUCUUGUUGGAGUCGACUAGUAACAGCUUACAAUUUAGUAGCAGUAAUUGCUUCAUUAACAAUAAUUACAAUAACAAUUAAACCAAGGCAACUUUUUAAAUCCUGUACCUAAGAGAAAGCACUAAGUAAUUGAAAGCAGUAAAGAAAAAUACAAAGGAACAUUAAAGUUCUUUGAUUAAGAUAAGAAUUAUGGUUUUAUAGUUGAAGAUGAAUCACGAACAGACAUUUUUGUUCACUUUGAUGAUUUAUAGAAAGCAGGAAUUCAUAAAGGUAUUUUGAUGGAUCACAAGCAUAGUAAAUCUAUACGUUUCUAAUUUAGUAUGAUGGAUUAUAUUGGAAAAUACUAAAAUUCACGUAAAGCAGUCGACCUGUAAUUACUAAGCGAUACACCACCAUACUUACCUAUAAAUCCAAUACGUGUGUUGGGUCCAGAGUAGUAUCUUUCUACAUAUCCUCCUUAUUAUCAAGCACCUAAUGGGCCAGUGAUCCAUUCACCAACUUCAAGCGGUUAGGCUGAUUACUUUGCUUCACCUUAUUAGUAAAACUACCUAAAUCAUGCUACUUUGAUGCCACCCUCAACUAAUCAUUUAAUAUCCAUUUAGCCUCCUCUUUCUCCGACUGCAUAAACUGGAAAUUAAUUUCCACCAGUCAUUCAUUAUGGAUUAAAUGUUCCUCCCUAGUAGGUUGUAGCACAACAAUAUUCUAAUGUGUAAGUUUCUCCUCCAUAGAUGGCUAUUCAUCAUCCUCCUUCUUCUCCUUAAAUGCCUUAAGCAUAAUAUCCAGUACAACAGAUUGGCUAGUAACCAUAACAAUAGCAAUAACAAUUAUAUUAUACCAAUUAACAACAGCAAUAAGGUGGUUAAUUACCUUAUUCAAAUUUGGUAAUUUGA